AUGGAGGACGAGAUCCUUCGCAUAGCCAAGAAGAUAGAUAAGAUGGUGCAGAAGAAAAACGCAGCUGAGGCACUGGACUUACUCAAGGAACUUCAAAACGUUCCCAUGACUCUGGAAUUAUUGAAGUCCACAAAAAUUGGAAUCUCAGUAAAUACCGUUCGCAAGCAGAGCACAGAUGAAGAAGUCACCUCAUUAGCCAAGUCUCUCAUCAAAUGCUGGAAGAAGUUGGUACGUGAGCCCUCCAAGACUUCAACGAAACACAAAAAGGAAUCCGCUCCCUCUUGCCAAAGCAGCCCUAAGCCAGGACAAGAAAGUGGCUCCAGCAGCAAAGAGAACCAACAAAAGGAAGAGACAAAUGCUUCUGAUUCCCUCGUUAAAUCUUUCCCCCGGGCACCAAGCACUUUAGAUUCCGUCCGAAUCAAGUGCAGAGAGAUGCUUGCUGCCGCCCUCAGAACAGGAGACGACUACAUUUCUACUGGGGCCAAUGUAGAAGACCUGGGAGCUCAGAUUGAGGAAGCUGUGUAUCAGGAGUUACGGAACAGGCAUAUAAAGUACAAAAAUAGGGUUCGAAGUAGAAUAGCAAAUCUCAAGGAUGCAAAGAAUCCCAAUUUAAGGAAAAACGUACUGUGUGGGAACAUAGCUCCGGAUGUCUUUGCCAGAAUGACUGCAGAGGAAAUGGCUAGUGAUGAACUUAAAGAGAUACGUAAAAACCUGACCAAAGAAGCAAUUGGAAGACACCAAAUGGCUCUGACCGGUGGGACCCCAAGUGACCUAUUCAAAUGUGGCAAGUGUAAAAAGAAGAAUUGUACCUAUAACCAGCUUCAAACCCUAAGUAGUGAUGAACCUAUGACAACAUAUGUUUUUUGUAAUGAUUGUGGACAUAGAUGGAAGUUUUUUUAGAUGAAGAAAUUGGGGACAUAUCUGGACACUUACAAAAGAACAUUUUGAUAUUAGCUUUAAAACCUAGGUCAAUAAUCUAGUUUCCCUGCAAAUGAGGUCUUGUA